AUGAAAGACUUCCACAAAUCGCCCAAGCGCGCGGACCAAACCUCUCCCAUCUGGUGGACCACGAGCGUACAAAACUGGUACCAAACAUUGGAGGCGGAACUGGGGCCUCUGAAUCGCCCUUCCACCUACAUCAAGACCAUCAAGAUCGCCCUCCUACCGCCUACACAACCCACAGUUUCCGCUCCACUGCGGGGAAAAUCGUACUGGGAUGACAAAAUGGAACUAGUUAUCGAUGCACGCACAUACGGUAACGAGAUUCGCUUCAUCAAUCACUCCUGCCGUCUUAAUUGCGCUUCGUACGACUUUGGCUGGGCCAACACGUCGCGUCUAGGCAUUUUUGCUGUACGUGACAUCUCACCCAUCUAUCACCUUGCAUCCACCACUUCGCUUCUGAGCCAGCACUACACCGCGCCGGCUUCAACCAACUCGUCGCUCGCCAUGCUUAGCAUCGUGCAAGUCACGUCGCCCAUCCUCUCCUACACACCGCCCCUCUUAGCUGCUGAGACACGCCGGCUUCCAUCAGCUCGUCGCUCGUCUAACGGGCUGGCUAAGAGCGGAGGAGAACAACGUCCGUGA